AUGGCGGCCGGAGAGAGUUCCCUCCAAAGCAACGAGAAUCUGUGGGCCGCAUGGUGCCGCCCCCAACCAAAUCGAGCCAAGGAAGUAGCAUCUUUUGCAACACCUUCAUCAACACCGGCGACCAAGAUCAUCAACACCGGCGACCAAGACCAGCAGUACGCGUGCACGGCAGUGCUGCGGUGCUCGUCUGUGUCCCUGCGCAGGUGCCUGCGGCACUUCCGGAUCCGCUGGAUCUCCAUCCGGAGCUACAGCGGUGAAGCCAUGGGCGCGGUCGCGGGGCACAGUGGUGAAGCCAUGGGCGAGAUGGCCUGGUCGUCACCAAGGAAGGGCGAGGAGGUCAACGACGAGCUCGUCCACUGCGCCCCACCCGAGUUGGCGCUGCUGCUCGUCAAGACGGAGGCUCACGCGGGCGUCUUCCACAUCGGCAAGCGACAACGGCGGCUCCACGGUGGCUGGCGAUGCCUACUCUGGACCCACCAUGCCAGAGCUUGUGGCCAUGAGUGCCACAGCGACGGUGAGGGCGAGGGGGCGGCACUUUUCCCCCGUGGCCUCGACACCGCGCCGUUCGCCGCCGCCGCAAUCCAAUCGGGCCCGCGCGUCCUCUCCUGGCCCGGUCGUGCCUCCCCACUGCUGGUACGACGUGGACCCCACCGCCUGCGCUGUGGGCCCACCUGCUGGGAGCUGGAACGCAUGCAGGCUCCCUCCGUGGCCAUCGCAGACUCCCCCGAAAGCGGACAUAGAAGUGGCGAAGCAGUUCGGGUUAAUCGUCAACGUCAGUUGAAGCAGGUCCUUAGAUUUGGCAUUGGUGGCUGUGGAUUCAUUUUCUUAAGCCCGGUGAAGCCUACAUCCUAUCUGCGGCUCAAAACUACUUAUCCUCGAAGGCACAGGCCGAUCAAACAGUCGAAGGGAGCGCCAGCUAUGCUAUCGGAGUACGAGAGCGAGGACCAUCGAUACUUCUAUCGUGGUCACUUCUCAUGGGCCCUAUAG